AUGCCUUCAUUCUCAGCUCCUUUCCUUAUCAUUCUUGCCUUGGCAACUCAGUCUUUUGCCGCUCCCGCUGCUAUCCCGAACUCAUACAACGAGGCAUCAAACUUGGUAGACAACUACAUCGCCAAACGGUUUGACGAUGGUCAGUACCAUUGGACUGAAAGCUCUACAGCGGCCACCUCUACCUUGAGCCCACCCCUCUACACUUAUGGAGGACCCCUCAACUCAACCUCUAUCCUUCCAACUGGCUCGGUCGUUCCAAAGUUGUCUGAUACUGGUAAAGCCACCCGUGUCACUAUCACUGCCACUGCCACUGCCCCCAGUGUCACUAGCACUCGUCUCUCCCAGCCUAUUUCCUCUGCGACUUCGUCCUCCCCGACUUCCUCGUCUGCCGCUGGAGUAUCCACUACUGGUACUGUUACCGAAAAGGACUUCUCAGGAGAUGGAGGCAAUGGCUGGCCUACUAUCGACCAAUGGUUGAGUUUCGAUGACCUCUGGGCCAGAAACGUCAAGGAGAUGGGCUCUUGCUAUGCUGCACCGGGAACGGUUGCCCAAGCUCCCACUACCGACGACGAGAAGACAGACAUCCUGGCUUCCAUCAAAGAUGUAGCCCAAGAAACCGGUGUCGAUGACCGAUACAUCUUAGCAACAAUCUUACAGGAGUCUUCCGGAUGCGUGAGAGCCGGUACGACUCUCUCGCCUGGUGCCGAAAUCUCGAACCCCGGUCUCAUGCAAGACCAUAACGGAACCCACACUUGCCAUGACAAGCCCGCUCCUUGUCCCAAAGACACCAUUACGGGAAUGUUAAUGGAUGGAACCAAUGGCACUCUUGGCUUGCCGGGUGGCGGCGACGGCUUGAAGCAAACUUUGGCCCAGGCUGUGACUUUGGGUGCCAAAGACGGCUCAGCUCAAGCAGCUUAUUGGUCAUCCAGAAUCUAUAACUCUGGAAGUUAUGAUGGAAAGAAGGCGCUGGAGGAUCCAAGUCUUGGUGCCACUGCGGACUACUGUGACAAAAUUGCCAACCGUCUGAUCGGAUGGGUCGGCUAA